AUGCAAGGCGGUAUGUACUUUGGACUGCUUCCUUUCAUCGUACUGUCGCUAAUAAUCACAUGUCCAUCCUAUGCGGCUGCCGACUGCUACGAGAAUUGGAGUCGCUGCACUCCACAAACAAGCGCUUUUACUGGUGUACUCUGGAGAUCCUGCGCUGAUUAUUGUCGACAAUGCAAGGAUCGGGCGCUGGGAAGAUGUGUCCCAGUGGACAACAAAGAGUGCAGCGGAGGAUACCAGUGCCGCUGCCAGGGUGAGAGAAGAAUAGUAAAAUCGAAGAAUCUCCUCGUCCAACUCACUUGCGGACUCGGUCUGUGA